AUGAACCACUUCAGGAGAAUAUCCAUCAGACUCAACCACUACCACUACAACCCCAGAAGACUCAUGGCCAGCUUCCCAGAACCACCGCCAGGCUACAAAGCACACCAGGAAGCCUCCACACAGAUCCUCAUCAAGCUGGAAAACGAGCAGCAACCCUCAGAAGCAUUCAUCAACCCCGUCCAGGAAUACAACCGAGACCUCUCAAUCGCAGCCAUCAAGGCCUGGAGCUCGCUCAGGAACCAGGAGCUCGAAGCCAAAUGGACCCUCUCAAGAACCAACCAUCAGCGGAAAAAGAAUAACAAGCGCCCCGCAGGCCCGCCCGACCCCCAUCCUCACAACCCCAAGAAACUCAAACAACAUGAACCUGACCAGCAGCAGCCUGAUCCAACUACUGUGCCAGAAGAGCCCGUGGCCAAUGAGUCGGCCCAGCAGACUGCACCGCCUCACGAGGACAUCAAGUCCAAUAAGCAACCGCCGGCCUUCCAGCCCCAAAAGUUCACCGCACUCGAAGCCUUAUCGGCCACUGGCCUGCGCGCGAUCAGAUACGCCAAGGAGAUCCCGACCCUCAGGUCGAUCGUAGCCAACGAUUUGUCCCCCUCGGCCGUCGCCUUGAUCAAGGCGAACAUCACCCACAACGGGCUUGAUCCGGAGGACCCAUCGGGCCAGCAGGAGGCCAAGGUGCGGGUCACCCAAGGCGACGCAUGUGAUUUGAUGUAUUCACAUCGGCAACCCGAUCGCCAGUUCGAUGUCGUCGACCUCGACCCAUAUGGCACCGCAGCCCCCUUCAUCGAUGCGGCAGUUCAAUGUGUCCGAAACGGCGGUCUCUUGUGCGUCACUUGUACAGAUCUGGCGGUCUUAGCCGGAAGCGCCUAUCCCGAAAAAUGUUUCUCAAACUACGGAGGCAGUUCGAUGCGCGCUGAAUAUUCACACGAGUAUGCGCUCCGUCAAGUGAUCCAUACGUUGGCCAGUUCGGCGGCAAGGUACGGCAAACAGAUCACGCCCUUACUGUCCUUGUCGAUCGACUUCUACGUGCGGAUCUUCGUCCGGGUCUCCAAUUCGCCCGCAGAGGUCAAGAAAUGCAUCACGAAUACGGCGGUAGUGUACGUGUGUUCGGGCUGUGCGGGCUUCCAUUUCCAAGCCAUGGGCCGGACGAACACGAAGCCAACGAAGGCGGGUCGCGGGACGAAUGUGUCGUACCAGAACGCGUGUGGGCCGCCGAUGCCGGGCGUGACGUGCGAGGAGUGUGGCGGCAAGUUCCACGUCGCGGGCCCGCUGUGGAGCGGGCCCUUGCAUGACCAGGGCUUCUGCGACAGGGUGCUGGAGGUCGUCGAGGCUGACGAGGAGCCGGUGAAGACGGCGGAGCGGAUCCGGGGGAUGGUCGGCCUGGCCAAGACGGAGCUUGCAGAGGCCCCGUUCUUUUUCACCCCGGCCAAGCUCUCGGGACUCUUCAAGUGCAGUUCGCCCUCCCUCUUGACCGUCGGGUCGGCCAUCCUCAACGCCGGCUUCGCCCUCUCUAGAUCCCAUUGUCAGCCCGGCUCGAUCAAGACUGACGCCCCUAGGGCCUUCAUCCACGACCUUAUGAAGACCUGGAUCGAUGCCCAGACCGCCCCGACGACGUCCAAGCCUGCGGAUCCCGCUCCUGUCUUCCAGCCCAGUUCAGUUGGGGGGGCGACGGCUGCGGGUGUCGCUGAUGCUCUGACCAAGGAUGGCGAAGUGAAAGAGGCAGAAGCGAAAGAUGAGGAGGUGAAGGAUUGCGAAGUAAAAGAUGGAGAAGGCAAGAACAAUGUCCAAGCAAAAGAUGGUGACGUACAAGAACAGAAAAGUGCAGUUGAAGGACCGGGAGAACAAACAAGAGAGAUAUCAGAAGCAUGCCGCGCCCAUGCCGCCAAGAACUCGACGAACCCGCGUCUAGCCGGCCUACUUUCCAGGCCAUGCAGGUACCAAGUCGACCUUUCGUACAACAAACAGGUCGAGAAACAGCUCUUGACCGGCCUCAAAAUCGUCCGUUACCAGGCUAACCCUGCGCCUAAUUGGGGCCCCAAAGCUCGCGCGCUUAAGAAGUAG